UUAACCCACUGUGCUACCACCUGACUCCCACUCCUCCACAUAUAUACAGCAUUGUACCUAGUACCCACUACCCAGAGCCUAUCACUCAGAGCCCAGGACCCAAAACCCAGAGUCAACCCAGCAUCCAGUACGCUGAAUGACUACUGAGAAGGGACAUGAAGUUCUGUGUCUGCCACCCCACAGAGAUGUCCCCACCCAGAGCUGGCUCCCAUGUCCCCACCUCUGCUCUCAGUGCAACCAGCAGGAACAAUGAUGCUGGGGUCCGGGAGCAAGGCCCCCACCCCCUACUGUCCCUGUGCAGCCAGAGGCCACUGCUGGUCUGAGGCUGGGGCUGUGAGGAGCCGUGCACUGGGCAUCAGGCUGCCUCCAUUCCAGACAAGCACUGCAGUGCCAGCUUACAACUCACUGACUGACUGACUGGUUUUGCUGCCAGGGUAUUUGCUGGGGCUCAGUGCCUGCAUGGUGACUCCACUAUUCCUGGUGGCUAUUUAUUUUAUUUUCCUGGAUAGAGGACAAAGCAGAGAGAGAGAGAGAAGAGGAGAGAAGAGAGGAGAGAGAGACAUCUGCUACACUGAUCUGCUCAUGAAGUGUCCCUCCUGCAGUUGGGGACUGGGGGCUUGAACCUGGGGUACUUGCACAGUAACGUGUGCACUCUACUGGGUACACUAGUACCCGCCCCCUGAAUUUUUCCUGUUGUUGCUGGGUGUCACUCCUCUAGGCUAGCCUUUUCAGAUGCAAAGAGAGACAGAGAGUGAGAUGCACCACACUCCAGAACUUCCUUGGUGCUGUGGUGAUUCCAUGUGCGUGACUGGGUGUCCUGCACCCCAGACAUGGCCCACUGCAGCCACGGGAUGCCCACUGCAGCAUGAAGGGGGAGGGGCUGUGGCAGAAGCAGGAGUGGGGUGGGCCUCAGUGUCCCCUGCUGCACUGGCCUGACAGAUGCCUGCCUGCAGGUGCUUCCAAGCCGUCCUGGUCCUGCUGGCUGUAGCCGUGACCAUGCUACUGGCCAUCCUCCUGAGCUUGGAUGGCUGGCUGCCCACACCCCUGCUGGGGGUCCGGGAGGAGGGCCCACCGGUCACCAACGUCAUGUUCCUCAAGACGCACAAGACGGCCAGCAGCACCGUGCUCAAUGUCCUCUUCCGCUUCGCCGAGACGCACAACCUGUCUGUCGCGCUGCCCGCGGGCGCGAGCUUCCACCUGGGCUACCCCUGGCUCUUCCUGGCGCGCUACGUGGAGGGCGCGGGGGGCGCGGGGCGCGGGGCGCGCUUCAACGUCAUGUGCAACCACCUGCGCUUCCACCUGCCUGAGGUGCAGAAGGUCAUGCCCAAUGACACCUUCUACUUCUCCAUCGUCAGGGACCCGGUGGCCCAGCUGGAGUCAUCCUUCGCCUACUACCGCGCCGCCGUGCCGGCCUUCUGGGCGGCGGGCAGCCUGGAGGCCUUCUUGGAGGCGCCUCGUACCUUCUACCAGCCGGGCCUGACGCUGCAGAACGUGCACGCGCGCAACAACAUGUGGUUCGACCUGGGCUUCGACCCGGACGCGCCGGCCGACGACGAGGGGUACGUGCGCGCGCGCCUGGCCGAGGUGGCGCGCCGCUUCCAGCUGGUGCUCAUCGCAGAGCACUUCGACGAGUCCAUGGUGCUGCUGCGGCGCCUGCUGCGCUGGCAGCUGGACGACGUGGUGGCCUUCCGGCUGAACGCGCGCAGCCCCCACACCGUGGCCCGCCUGUCGCCCGCCGCCCGGGAGCGCGCGCGGGGCUGGAGCGCGCUCGACUGGCGCCUGUACCAGCACUUCAACCGCAGCUUCUGGGCGCGCGCGCGAGCCGAGCUGGGGCCCGGGCGGCUGCGAGCGGACGUGGAGCGGCUGCGCGCACGGAGGCGCGAGCUGGGGGCGCGCUGCCUGCAGGAGGGGGAGCCCCCCGGGCCCACGCGCGCGCCCGACCCCUUGCUGCGCCCCUACCAGUCUGGCGGGGCGCACAUCCUGGGCUACAGCCUGCGGCGCGACCUGGACCCCACCACCCUGCGCCUGUGCGAGCGCCUGGCCAUGCCGGAGCUGCAGUACACUGCCCGCCUGUAUGCGCGUCAGUUCCCCCACAAGCCCCCCAAGGACAUCAACUUCCUAGACGAGUAGGGAGCCCCCCCCACCCCUGCAGGCCCAAGAAAAGGGGCCUUGCUCCCCUCUCCUUGCCAUCUAGGGGAGGCCCUGCCCACCGAGAGGCCUGCGGCCUGGCAGCAGGGCUAUGCGCCUCUGAAUUUGAUGGCCACGGGACUCAGUGAUGGAUGUGGGGACUCAAUGCUGGGUCUGGCAACGGGGCUCAGCACUGGCUGUGGGUCUCAGUGGAGGAUGUGGGCCUCAGUGCUGGUCACAGGCUUCAGUGCUGAUCAUGGGCUUUAGUACUGGCCACGGACACACGGGAGCAGCAUCCGUGGCACUUCUGGGGGCUGGGGCUGAAGGAGGGGAGGGUGUGGAGGGCAGCUCCUGCUUGAGAGGCUUGCUAUCACCCCAAGAACAGCUCACGUGAGUUAGAAACCGGGAUCAGGGUGUCAGGCGGUAGCGCAGCAGGUUAAACACUCGCGGUGCAAAGCGCAAGAACCGGCAUAAGGAUCCUGGUUCAAGCCCCCGGCUCCCCACCUGCAGGGGAGUCGCUUCACAGGCGGUGAAGCAGGUCUGCAGGUGUCUGUCUUUCUCUCCCCCUCUCUGUCUUCCCCUCCUCUCUCCAUUUCUUUAUGUCCUAUCCAACAACGACAACAACAAUAAUAACAAC